CGCAUCUGUUCGUCGAUUCGAGUUGCUUGCCGCAACGAUGCAUUUGGGAGCACAAGUAUACGCGGGGUUGCGAGUCAGAUACUCCAACAGGUAUUUGUAUCCCGUAAAAAAACGAGAUCUGCCGAGGGGUACCCAAUAUGCACGCCGCUUCGUGGGCUUGCAAUCAGCCGGGUACUAACAUGGGUAUAUCUGGACCAAAUUCCGUCGUUGAGGAGUGGAGGCUCACUUGUAUCUUUGCUUGUCAUCCCAGAAUCCGAACACUGUUGCCAUGGAAGCAGAUCUCGCCGAGUUGAAGGAGCAAGUCUCUCUCCUACGCAAGGAGCUCACCCGCGUCUCGGACGAAGCUGAAGUCCGCAAGACGCACUUCAAGUAUGGCUACUAUCUGGACAAGUGUCUCUACAACGAGGUCGUGGACAUGUUCUCAGACCACCCAGAUGCCUACGUGGAGUUUAUGGGGUCCCGUUACCGCGGUAAAGCAGGCAUCAAACGGCUCUACCAGGGCCGGUUCCAGAACAGCUUCGUCAAGGGGCGCAACGGCCCCGUGCACGGGUUCCUGCUGGAUCACAUCAUGAUGCAAGACAUCGUCGACGUCGACCCGUCGGGCAACCACGCAUGGUGCCGUAUGCGCGCCUUGAUGCAAGCAGGCACGCAUAAGUCAAUCCGCGAGACGCAUCCGCGAGGCCACGUGCAGUGGUGGGAAGGCGGUCUCUACGAGAAUGAGUACAUCAGAGAAGACGGGGUAUGGAAGCUAUUCCGGUAUCGCUAUUUCCCCUUCUGGCACGCCGAGUUUGAGACGGGCUGGUCCGAGACCAAGGAAAACUACGUUCCCUGGCCGACGCGGACGUUUCCCGAGGACCCCUUGGGACCGGAUGAGAUCAUCGAGCAGAAGAUGCUGUGGCCCGACACGAGGGUGGUGCCGUUCCACUACCCUCAUCCCGUGACGGGGAGGAGAACCGACGACGAUGACCUCAGGGCGCCGCAGUAUGGCGAAAAGGUGGGAACGGCCGAGAUGCCACUGAGUCUGGCACUUCCAGAAGGCCAGUCGGGGCCUGGGGCGGGGUCGAGCGACAACCCAAAGGUCUUGCCUGAAUUGGCUGGGAAUAUGUAAGUUCGGCAUAUAGCCUGAGUGACCUGAUUGGUAAUUGGAGAAACAAACUUCCGCCUGUCUACCAUCAGACUGCUCCAAACGAGGAGCAAAGGGUACUAAUGGAAAAUGGAUGUAACUGAAAAACAUUGUACCCACUUCCUCGCAGUCCAUCGUUAAAUCAGGGAGAAUGCUAUGUCUAGAACCGAUGCUAUUGUUCGGUUCGC